AUGCUCAAUGAAAAUGCUUCAGAUGCUAUGUCACAACUGAAAAAGCAAGUGGGGCUGACGGUGAUGGCGUUCCUUGCGGACGAUGAGAUGGCAGCCUUCGAGGCGGCACUGUCGUUCGUGGACGAGUUCGCAGAUGGAAGAGGCGCCGCACCCGCGCUCAAUCAGCCGUCAGAGGUGCUGAACAAGCAGGAGAUGGAGUGGGCGUUGAGCUUCCCGUCGUCUUCGAAGACGUCGCCCAGCUCUUCGUCGUCGGUGGCGUCUCCACAACCCAACAGCGAGAACCAUCACUCCACAACUGAUGAAGACGGGUCACCCCGUCGAUCGGAGAGCGAGAAGCCUAAACGUGCGCGAGCGCCGCGGCGCCAGACAGUUAAGAAGCUGCUGCGCAAGAGUUGGGUAACUGGCGAUUCGAAUCGAGCCAGGAACGAACGCCGCAUUGAAGUGGCAUAUCUUAGGGAGAAGGUCGCUCAGCUGGAGGCUGAACUGGAGAGCCUGCAGCAACAUCGAGCCUCCACGAAGCUAAUCAAGCACGAUGGACUCGAUGAUUCAACAUUGGGACAGGAUGGCGCGAUGGUGCCCUCGUCGGUUGCUGAUCAGUCGGUUUGGAAGCCUGUGGCUCAGCAGCAACGCAAACGCAGAGAGAAAGCGGAAAUCGAAAAUGCACGUCUAAAAUUGGUUCUGGAGAGCCAACUCAAGGCCGCCAAAAGCAUGCAAAUGCUACUGCUUAAGCGAGCGAAGAACCAGCUUAUGGAGUGUGCCCGGACUGUGACGCCCGAUACUACCGAUUUCGCGGCAGGACGUAUGGUCAAUUAUCAUUCGGACCUCGGCGACUUUGAGGACAUGCUGGUUAUUCUCGAAGGCGCUUAUCGCGAAAUGGAUGCUGUAUUCUGUACAAAUGGUCUGAACUCAAUGGAGGUUACCUACAAGGAUACUCAAGUGCGUGAGGGAGACGAUGGUAUUUAUCUGGAUGUUUUCUCAAACAAGGUGCUUCCUUUCGAUCUGGACACCACUGCUAAGGCAGUGUGGGACCAUUUUAAAGGUGCCGACAAGCACAGAGGCAAGGUGUAUGAAAAGACUGCGAAGGUACGAUGCCACCGUAUGUAUUGCAUACUUUGUAGUUCCUGGUAGCUUAUGAAUCGCUUAUUUUUCGUGCAGAUUUUGGAUGAAUCAGAUACGAUUGUCGAGAAUUUUGCGAAAGAAAUGUACGUUGGUUCGACGCACGCCAUGUUCCGUGUGAAGCAAGUUCUGCGCCGCUACGUGGAGAAGGAUCGUGUAGUGGUGGUGUUUAUCUCGAUCAAAACGCCACUGGAAGUGGUUGAUGAGCCUUUCGCGGGCCUCACACACCGCCACCAGUGUUAUGCUGUGGCCAAGCGCUCGUCAGUGCCCGCGUCACAAACAGUUGGCCCACGGUGUCUACUUCAGAUGUGCUCGCUGGUAUCACUUGAGCAUGGACAAGAGCAGCCGGAAAAAGAUUCUCCGGUCAUGGGAGCCAUGACCAAGUUUAUGAUGGGCGCUGCUGCCAACAGCAUCACAGCCAGCCAGGAGCUCAUCGAAAACGCACUCAUGGACCAGGCAGUUAACCCGGUUGGCUAAGGGUUGCAAUUCUCUUUCACAUCUGACAACGUAUUACGAGUUGCAGUGAGUGAGCGGAUUCAUUCAGGAAAAUUGCAACACUACGUCAAAAAGAGAUAGCACUAUGAAGCGGAAUUUCCACACAGUGUGCAAACCCAAGCCAACGCUCCGAAGAUGUUAUUAAAACACCGUUAUACAUUUACGCGUACAUGCAUGGCUAUCUGGUCCUGCAUGGCUAGCUGGCUCACGCAAAGUUGGAGUUUUUUUGUUCUAAUCGAAUAUACACCCUCAAAUUUUGGUCCAG